AGUAUUCGUGCAAUUUGUAAUUAAUUUUAGUUUGAUUAAUGAUGUAGAGCUAAAAAAUGGAGUGUCAUGUUCUGUGGACAUUACAUGUUGGCAAAAAUGACUGGAAGUGAUUCAGAUGUUUUGGAAAUUAAUGUUGAUCCAGAAGAGGAAAAGAAGAAUUACGAAGAAGAACAUUUUGUAUGGCAUGAUUAUUUGGAAUCCACACAUGCGGAUGAAGUGCCACAGACAUCAUUUCUUCAUUUCACACCAGCUGACAGGAUCAAGCAGGGCAUGAAAGUAGAAGUGCAAGAUAAAAUGGAUCCUCAUCGGCUGUGGGUUGCGACAAUCAUAGAGAAUGUGGGUGGACGACUGCUUCUACGCUAUGACACACCAGAUUCAUCCUCGCCAGACUUUUGGCUCUUCCACAGUUCUCAGAGACUCUUUCCAAUGGGAUGGACUGCAGAAAAAGGGCCUCCAUGGUUGCUGCAGUGGCCGAGCCACAUGAAGACUCAUCAUGGUAAUGAGGAAUGGGAGGCAGUCAUGGAAAUGGCAAAGGAAGAUGCACGUAGAGUGCCAUUGCCUCCAGGUCUUUUUGAGAAUGACUAUUACAACAUACCUAUUCACAAAUUUAUUGUUGGAAUGAAACUGGAAGCAGUCCAUCCACACAAUAUGGUGGAAAUUUGUCCAGCUAGUGUGAUUCGAGUAUUCUCGCCAUAUCACUUCCUCAUCCAGAUCGACAGUUAUGCCACAAUGGAAAGUGAUGAAACAGAUUCAUUCUGGCUGUGUACAGUGAAGCAUCCAUACAUAUUUCCAGUUGGCUGGGCCAUUUCACAUGAACUUCAGCUGACUCAUCCUCAAGGCUGGACUACAACUAAAGAGGAAUUUGAUUGGUCAGAAUAUUUAGAAGCGACCAAGUCAAGUGCUGCACCAAUUUCUUGUUUUCCUCAGCGGGAGUCAUUCAAGGAGCUAGGUUUUGCUCCAUCAAUGAAACUGGAAGCUGUGAAUCCAGAGAAUCAACAUCAGAUCUGUGCUGCAUCAAUCAUCAGAAUUAUUGAUCACCUGUUGUGGAUACAUCUUGAGUCUAAUGACAGUUUCCACCCAAAUCAUAUAGUGAACAUGGAUUCACAUGACAUUUUCCCUGUGGGCUGGUGUGAAAGCAAUUCUUAUCCUCUGAAGCCUCCACGUUCCUACCAAAUGUCAGUGAAACAGGAGCAGAACCAGACAGCUGUGAAUGAGAAGAAGGAGACAAGUGUUUCAACCAGUUUGCAGCAGCAGCAGCGCUCAUACUGGUGUCCUAAAAUCUACUUCAACCACAAAUGUUUCUCUGGACCAUUCCUCAGCAAAGGGAAGCUGGCACAGUUGCCCAAAGCUGUAGGCCCUGGUCCUGUUACACUUGUGAUGCGGGAAGUUCUGUCCAUGCUCAUAUCUGUGGCAUACAAGUCCAGCAGGGUGCUCAAGGAGCUGCAGACAGAUGGAAAACCACAGCCAGGCAUGCAUCUGGAAAUUCUCAAAGCCAAGUACAAAACCAACACUUACCGAGCCAGUGUUGCUCUCGUCACAUCUGCUGAUGAGGUGCCAUCCUUCUGUAGGGAAAUCUGUGUGAAGCUGCAGGUGUGUCCCUUUCUGUUUGGACCUGUUUCUGUUGGAGACAAAAAUUGCCCAGAGAACUGCAGCACUCUCUCCAAGACUCGAUUUACUCAAUACUGGGUACAUGGGAAACGCAAGGUUGGCCGUCCUAAAGGAGAAGCAAGUAAUAUAGUCUCACGGCCAAAGAAGAAGAGAGGACGCAGACGACUGUUUCCAAACACAAAGUUGGAAGCAGAAUGUGAAGCAGUAGAAGGAGAGGCCAAUAUGGAAACAGCUGCUGAUGUUGAAAUUUACUCAUUGCCUCAUGGUUUGGGACCUGUUGCUGCUGGAGGUAAUGAUAGUGAUGCAAGUCAAGAGAUGGCUGAUUCUGGAAACUCUCCACCAGGGAGUGUUGGCAGUGUUGGCAGUACUAGCAUACAUAAAUAUCGCAAAAAGAAGUUCCUGCGAUCAGAAAUUAAGACAAGGGGUGCCAUAUUGCCUAAAUUUGCUAUGAAAAUAAAAGCACGUCACUUAACACGAAAACAAUGGAAGGAAAAUUUAGAAGAUGCUUCAUAUGUCAGCACAAGAAGCAGUAGCUCAGUACCCAGCAUCAUACCAUUGAAGAUACCUGAGAAAACUGAAGACAGUGUGCAAGCUGACAGUCUGAGUAGCCUGGUUUCACUGCGUACCAGAGGACAGCAGUUGAUGAAUGAUCAGAUUGAGCUUGACUCAAACCCUCUACAUUGGACGCAGGAGGAUGUAUAUCAGUACCUCAUCAAAACGGAUGAUUGUGCUGAUAUAGCACAAAAGUGCAAAGAUGAGCUAAUUGAUGGGCAAGCAUUCAUGAUGCUGAACUUUCCAACUGUCAGAGAACAUUUAUACCUUGGGCUGAAACAGGCAGUUCGGUUGUGUAAACAUAUAGAACGAGUAAAGCUUGCAUUUUACCUACAGUACAUCACUGGCAGUGAACCAUAAAGAUUAAAUUACUGUAUUAUUCAGUAAGUAGCACAAUCCCUGUUCAUAUUUUAACAGAAAAUUAUUAAGUAAAGCAAUAAACCAGCAGAAGCAGA